GUGUAUAACCAAACUUUUUCAUUUGCAAAUUAGCGGAAAUGUUUAGGUCAGGAAAAAGUGCUCAAAUCCGUGUUUUAGUGAAUAAAAUCUCCUCCAGGAGGAACAGAUCUUCUUCAUUAGGAAAUGCGUAUCAACCAAAAAACAUCGAAGGGAAGCAAUUGGUCAGGAGAAAUGACCCCACUGGGCUGACAGAGGGUAUCUUUACGAUGAUCUUCCCCCCGCCAAAUGUCACGGGGAACCUUCACCUGGGGCACACACUCACAGCCACCAUUCAGGAUGUCAUUGCCAGGCGGCAGAGAGAGAAGAAUCAGGAAGUUUUGUGGAUUCCGGGAAUGGAUCAUGCUGGGAUUGCUACGCAGGUUGUAGUUGAGAAGAAACUCAUGCAGGAACGGGCUGUAUCCAGGUAUGAUUUGGGUAGGGAGGCAUUUCUCGCUGAAGUGCUCAAAUGGAAAAAUCUCCGGGAGAAGGACAUCCGGGAGAAUCUUAAAUCUCUGGGAUUAUCUUUCUCCUGGGAACGGGAGUACUAUACAAUGGAUGAGAUGCAAUGUACGGCUGUCCGGAGGGCUUUCAUUGACCUCCAUACACGGGGAUUGAUUUACCGCGAUCGCAGCCUCGUAAAUUGGUCAUGUGCCCUUGAAUCUGCAAUCUCUGACAUUGAAAUUGACAAUUUGGAAGUUCCUGGACCAAUGGGGAUUACUGUGCCAGGGUAUGAGAGGAAUAUUACAUUCGGGGAGCUGACAGAUGUGGCUUACAAGGUUCUAGGGGAGGAAUGUGAGGAGAUUAUCGUGUCCACAACACGUCCGGAAACAAUUCUGGGUGAUGUGGCUGUUGCUGUUCAUCCUCAAGAUGAGAAAUAUGCCAAAUUUCACGGGAAGGACGUUAAACUUUGGCACCCAUUCCGAGAAACUCCCAUUCCUCUAAUUUUUGAUGAAUCUGUGGAUAAAGAUUUCGGCACGGGUGCCGUAAAGAUCACUCCUAGUCACGAUAGGAAUGACUUUCUCCUAGCCAAGCGUCAUUAUCUCCUCCAUAUUGAUGUGAUUGAUGACAAAGGGAUGAUUUCUGAGGGGUUUGGAGUAUUUUCCACUCUCCCUCGCUUCUCUGCCAGGGAGAAAGUGAAAGAAUCUCUCGCAGAAUUGAAUCUUUUGCGUCAAAUUAAGCCCCAUUCAAUGAUCCUCCCACGAUGCUCACGCUCUGGGGAUAUUGUGGAGUACCUGGUACGACCACAGUGGUACCUAAAGUGUCAGGAAGCGGCUCAGAAAGCCGUCAAAGCCGUCCGCAGUGGCGGCUUGAAGAUAAAUCCUCCGGAAAAGGAAGCAGAGUGGUUUAGAUGGCUAGAAAAUUGCACAGAUUGGUGCAUUUCCCGGCAGAUCUGGUGGGGACAUCGUAUUCCAGCCUACAAAUGCACAUCCGGCUCAGCCACAGAAUGGAUCUCUGCACUGUCUCUCGCAGAAGCCAUUGAGAAAGCCCGGAGUAUCUUUCCGGAAGGGAAAAUUGAUGCAAUUAGUCGUGAUUCUGAUGUGCUGGACACGUGGUUCUCAUCGGGAUUGCUUCCAUUCUCUGUCUUUGGAUGGCCAGGAAACCCAGAAGAAGUACAACAGUACUUUCCGCUGAAUUUAAUGGAAACUGGGCAUGAUAUUCUCUUCUUUUGGGUAGCAAGGAUGACAAUGCUCAGUUUAAUGCUUACCGGAGAGAUUCCCUUCCGGGAAGUUCUUCUACAUGGGAUUAUCUGUGAUUCCCAAGGGAGGAAGAUGUCUAAAAGCCUCGGGAAUGCUCUACUUCCUGAACAGGUUAUCAAUGGAGCCACCCUGAAGGAUCUAAUCAAACAAACGGAGCUCUUUCAUCGUUCUGGGAUUAUUAGUGAUGCCGAGAUGGAGAGAUCAAUUCAGGAAGUCACAAAGACACAUCCAAAUGGUAUUCCGGAGUGUGGAAUUGAUGCUCUGCGCUUUACGCUCUGUAGCUCCAACAUUAAGAGUCAUUUUGUGACCUUUGACACGGCUCAGUGUCAUGCCAAUAAGCUCUUCUUCAACAAAAUCUGGCAAGCAACAAAGUUCACCAUAAAAGGAUUUGAGAAUAUUAAUCCCACAGCUGAGGAUCUGAACAGAGCCGCGGGAAAUCCAUCAGAGAUGGAUAAAUGGAUUCUGCGGAAGCUUUCCCAAACUGAAGAAACAGUCCGGAAGGGAAUAGAUCAGUACAACUUCCACGUAGCCACAACAUCGCUGAAAACCUUCUUCUACAGCAACUUCUGUGAUGUCUACCUGGAGACAACGAAGCCCAAUUUGAAUGCCAAAAAUCCUCAAGCAGUCACUAAUCUCCUAACUCUGAGGACAUGCCUACACAGAGGACUACAGCUAAUGGGAUUCUUCACACCUUUCCUAACGCAGGAACUCCUAAAUCACCUUCCGGAAGCCCCAGAAAUCCCCAAUUUGGAACUUCUCACCGUUGGUGAGCAUAUCGAGGAGAUCCUAAAGAUUUGUGCCACAAUUCGGGAAACAAAGAGCCGGAAUGGAUUGACAAAGAAGGACAAUCCGAAGCUCAUUCUCUGGGCAGACUCAUCAUUCAUCAAUCAUCUCCGGAAACACGAAGGAACUUUAAAAACUCUUACCAUGAUCCCAGAAAUUGAAAUUCUAGAUGAUAGGGAUACAUUUAACACCCACAAUUGCUCAAUUAAAUCCACAGCACUACAUUUCUGCUGUUUUGGCAUAAAAACAACGGCCAAUUUGAAAGCAAAUCCCGCGCAGCAGAAAUUGACCAAAUUAAUGGCUAAUCUGGAGAAAUUGCAAGCAAUUGUUGCUGAUGAAGGUUACCAGCGAUCUGCCCCAGAAAGCAAGAAGGAAAAACAUCAGGAACAGAUAAAGCGCCUUACAGCGGAGAUUAAAGCAAUCAGAGAGCUCUAAACACGUGAGUUUGUUUACAAAUACACAAAAUGGGAAAAGUAAAGAAAAUUAGUGGGAAAAGUAGUGAAAAAGGGGUGAAAGAUGUGGAAAAUGGAGGAAAGAAGCCUGGGGGUGUUUCCGAGGCAUCCGUUGGGAUAAAGAAAAAAUCAAAAAGGGAAAAAUUUGCGCAGAAAAGGAAAAAUUUGGCACAGAGGCUCGCAUCUGGUGCACCUGCGGGGGCAUCUGGAGGCACUGGGGGGAAGAAGAAAAAACGCCGGAAGCCCAAAGCAAAGGUACCGGUUGUGGGAACACUGAAAGACCUGAGAGAUGCCCUCCCAUCGCUGGAGAGUCUUAUAAAGUUCCGCAGCAGUGUGGGAGAGCUCAAAACGGGCAUUCCGGAGUAUGACAACAAGAGUGAGCCAUCAAAGAGAUUCCAGAAGCUCUCGAGGAAGGCACAGAAGACAAAAAGAGCUGCUAAAGUGAAUUCUGAGCACGUAGCGAGGAUGAAUCAACUUCAAACACUAAUGCAGGAUAAGAUGUUCAAGCAAAAUCCACGGCAGGUGAUUGCUGAGCACAUCCGGAAUACGAGGAAAAUGGAGGAUGACAGUCCGUGGGAUUAUGAGGAGUUUUUGGGUCAGAAUGUGCCCCAAAAAUAAAAAAAAAGAGUGAACUAAAGAACGAGAUCAAAAGUGUGAAGAGAUAAUUAGGAAGCUGCUCCGUGAGAAUCUGGAACGAGAAAUAGAAAAAUUUUCCUAAUUAAUGUGUGUGAUGCAGGUACCGUUAGAGCGGGGGCUCUUCCUCUUUGUUUCUUCACAAAUCAAUGCUGUAUGGAAGGAAAUACCUCACGAUGCUCUUCUUUCGUCGCAAUGAGAGUAAAAAAUAUUCAUCUUUCGCAUUCAAAUUAUCACCUCACGGAUUACCUGAGUUGAGUUUAUUGACAAAGCUGUAAAAGAUUGUCCCCCAGAUGAGGUAUAAAAGGCACAAAUUGCGUCUAAGAAUGGUUCAUUCAGUGGAAUAUCAUCUCAGUGCUGUGCAAGAGGACAUCUCAACAAGACUUUUGUGGAUUUACAGUGAAGAAGAAAUUAUAUUUAAAGAAAAAAGGAUAUUUUGUGUUGUGCUACAGGAAGAUGCUGGGAGAGGUUUUAUCGGUGGUUUGGCUACUUCUUCUGGGUUAUUGUCUCGGUAAGAGUCCACCUUCCAAUGAAGUCACUUCCGCCAGGCAAGGAAGAUGUGAGUAAAAGUAACAAAAAAAAUUGAUCUUUUCCUUUGAAAAAAAUUCUUAUAAAUAGAUAAUUAGUUGGUAUACCACAAUCGUGGCAUACCAAGUAUUUUCUUGGCAAUGGGGCCAAUUCUAGGGAUUUCUGGCUAAAAGAUUAAAUGGGAAAGAAAAGUUGUUAAUUUUACAGUUGUGUUCAAAAUAAUGGGAAAUGUAUCGUGUAAUUUAAGGAUAUUUAAGUUGAAUAAAACGUUUUUAUUAAUUAAUAAC